GUGGUGGUGACGCAUUACGACUUGAUCAUUCGGGAUAAGGGCCUUAUGAAGAAGGUCCCUUGGCAGGUGCUGAUCGUGGACGAGGGUCACCGGCUCAAGAACCGCCGCUCCGCCCUCUUCUCGGUGCUCUCCUCCCUGCGGCCCCGCUGCCGGCUGCUGCUCAGCGGCACUCCGCUGCAAAACCACCUGGCUGAGCUCUGGGCGCUACUCAACUUCCUGAUGCCGGCCGUGUUCAGCUGCCAACAAGAGUUUGAUGACUGGUUCGCGGCGCCGUUCAAGGUAAGAGCAUGUGUCCUCCGCCCCUUCCUGCUGCGCCGUACAAAGCGGGAGGUGGCUUCGGAGCUGCCGGACAAACACCGCCACAUCAUCAGGUGUCCGUUGUCGGCGUGGCAGGCUGAGCAGUACCGACAAAUCAGUGAGAGGGGUCAGCUGAUGGCGGCGUCGGGGAAGGUGCGUAUGUAUACUCGCGCUCUGGCCAAUUUGUCCGUACACCUACGUAAGGCCGCCAUCCACCCGUACCUCUUGGAGGAGGAGAGGGGGGAAUACACACAUACACACACGCACUCGGGGCUGGGCCCCGGGGGAGAAAGAGGGGAAAUGGCCAUGCUGGACUACCUCCUCCCCAAGCUGGCGGCCACGGGCCACCGAGUGCUGCUGUUCAGCCAGAUGACCCGGGCUCUGGACCUAGUGGAGGAGUUUCUGGAGCUUCGUGGACUGCCGUACCUCCGUCUGGACGGAUCCACCCGUACAGAGGACCGGCCCCAACUGCUAACCGCCUUCAACUCCCCCAACUCCCCCUACCGGGUGUUCCUGCUGUCCACCCGGGCGGGGGGGAUGGGGCUCAACCUGCAGUCAGCUGACACGGUGAUUAUGUUGGAUUCGGAUUGGAACCCGGCCAUGGACCAGCAGGCUGAGGACCGGGCUCACCGCUUGGGCCAGACGCGUUCCGUGUUGGUGCUGGUGUUGGUUAGCUGUCGUACACUGGAGGAGGUCAUGUUGGAGCGCGCUGGAGCCAAGAGGGGGCUGGGGGAGGCGGUGAUC